AUGUCGUUCUGGUCUUCAGAAAGAAACCCUGUUGCAGCUGCAACUGUUCUCUGGGAUAUCGGUCGAGGGUUGUCCGAGCUUGAGGGGGAAGGAGAACUGCUGAAAGAACACACGAUUUUCCUGGAGAAGCUGAAAAAUACAUUGGAAGCUGUGAAUAAGGUUAUGAAGGAAGGUCCCAUUCUCCAAGGUCUUCAGGACGAUAUCACAGCAAUAUGGAAUCCUCUUCUUGAGACGGAAGUAGAAAUAGUGUUCUCUAUGGGAUUGAACGAAGACGAGGUUAAAACCGAGGAUAUGAAGUCCGUCGCCUCCAAAUUUUACCUGAAGACCGCAUAUUAUCAGCGCUUUUCCAGCAAGAUCACAAGGCUACAAAACGAAGUUGUGAUACCGCUGCUUGGCCUUCAUAGGAGUAUCACGACGAUGUUUCCUCAGAAACUUUCUAGAUCCUGGCAGACUAUCAAGAGGUGGGCUGCUGAAAGCAAGCGUUGUAUUGACGAGAGAAUGGUACUCCAGUCCAAGGGGUGGUUACGGCCUCUAUCUUUGGUUGAAGAGAAAUCUCAGGCGUACAUGGACAUCGCUUCUUCGUCGAAAUGCGAGUGGUUUUGUUCCAAGCAAGAGUAUAUCGAUUGGUACAAUCAACUUUCGAAGAGAAGCUCUCCAAUAUUGUGGAUCUCUGGUAUUCCUGGAAUAGGAAGAACGCAGAUUGCAGCAACGGUCGUCCAGAAGCUCCGCGAAGAUAAGCGUACGGUGGCCUAUUUCUUCUAUGGGGAAGAAACCACCGCUAUAGUUAACGCUCGAAAACUCAUGGUCACACUUUGUUGGAACCUUCUCAAUCAGUUUCCAGAAGAUGUUGAGUUGCUAUCAGAGGUUUGCAACAAAGAUGGCGAGCCCACUGAAACUGAGGUCCAGACUGUUCUCCAGCGUAUGUGUGAAAGAAGAGACGCGAUAAUCGUUCUGGACGGUUUGGAUGAGUGUUUUAAGCUUAAGGUGCAGGGGGAGAACGAGAUAGACAAGUUCUGCCAGUUCCUUGCAUCAUCGAAUGGCGUCUGUGAUGUCAUCAUGUUCAGCCAAGAGCUCGAAGAUAUCAAGCGGGGUUUAUCAAAGUACAAUUCAAUCCCUCGCAUCAGUAAUUGCGAAGCCGAUUUCUGGGAUGAAAUAGAGAAAAUUCCAACCCGAUGCGCUGCAGGAUUUGGAUUAUCGGAAGAGAAAGAGCAGGGGGUAGUAGAUGCCGAAGUCAGAUCAUGUGAGGUUAUCGAAGAGCAUAAUAUCUACUUUCCUGGGUCAAGAGAAGAUCAGUGUCAGGUAUAUGCGAUGCUGCGGCACAGUGUAUGUGGAUUGCGCCUACCAGCCCAUAUUGCUCGACAGAUUGUUGACGAAGCCGAAUACUGGGUCAAGGCAACUUUUGAGCGCAGUGAACCACUUAUGUUCGACGGGAAGAAGUGCAAGAGCAACUUCCCCUACCUUCUAAGUGAUCCUAUCGAUGGUGCGCGCCACUUUCCUGUCCGCAAUGUCAUCGCCACCUGCAGUCAUAGCCAAGCAUGGGCUUCAUACCCAGACCGAAACGGCGAUUACCGUGGCUCAAGCAUAUACUUUGAUUUCGUUGUACGAGAUCCUGACGGAUCAAUACGCAACUUCGAUCCGGCAGAAAGUUUGGACUUGUUUGAGAUACAACAACACCUAGGAACACCGAAGAAGCCCAACGCCGUUAGCAGAGUGCCAUACAAUGAAAAAACGUCCUGGAUGUGUCUAAUCACGCCGGGAAGUAGACUCGGGGUCAUACCUAAAGCCAUCGGCUGGAUCAGUCUUGUUGAGGUUGUUCGGAUCGAAAUCUUCUCGACGUUUCUCGAGGAAGAGCACGGGCAGCACGAAGCACUGCGCAGGUUCAAACAGAAAAAGGAAGAGAUCUUGGAGCAGAUUUGGAAUACCAGGAAGCAGACCCGAUUACUAACUGAUAACCGAAAGGGUGUUGAACAGGAACUUCCGAAUGCAGUUUACAAGAAGCAGUUGCAGUUGAACAAUUGGGAUAGGGACAAUGUGCAGUCUCUUGAGAAGCAAAACGAGCCUCUACUGCCGUCAACUGACAACAGCCUCAUCUAUACGAGAUCAGCGCUUCGGAGUCCUCGCAGCCCGCUAUCAGUGUACCAUGAGGACGCAGAUCAGAUUCGGCCAAGCCUAGUUUCCAAAGUUCUUAAGCAUUCGAACACACAGAUUCCCUUGGAUGAUAUAAGUCGCAAUGAUAAGAAUUCUCACAGCUCGACAUCGACAACUUUCGUUAGGAUGAUCCGGGAGCUUGUACGACCGAAAGUGCGUCCUGGAUAUAAGAGACUGGAGUGGACUUGUACUUGCGGGGAACCUCUCUACGGUGAUUUUGAAGAAAAGACAUCGGGAUCUCUUGAUCAACUUGCCGCCAAACUCAAACAACAGUCUAGCCAAAGCUCACAGCAUGGCGCUUCUGCACCGAUACCACAACCAAAGAAAGCGUACACAAGACAAGCCCAGGCGGUAGGGUACAAUAUGCCUGGAUCGGGCAGUAGUAGCUCCAAUGAUCCGAACAAUCUCGUAAGUAACGCAGUGUCAUCACAUCUCAAUACUGUCAAGCCACCGCCAUCGACUGCCUUACAAUUGUGCAUUGAAACUGGAAAGUACAAGCUUGAAAUGAGUGAGCUCGCCCGCCCUAGCCCUGCCGUUAGCGAUGGAGAACUCUUCGCAAUGAUACGAGAGAAAUAUGAAAGCACUCGCCAUUCGAUACUCCCAACAUGGGCGCGAUUCAAAAAGCCAAAUAGAGCCAUCUUUGUAAAGUUCCUUCUUGGAACAAAACGGACCGUCUCCCUCAACAACGAAACCCCCUCAAUACCACCAGCCACAGAAGUCAGACAUAACUACGACUACGAUCCUUGCCCAAUGGAGAUACCCCCCAUGGACAGUCGAGUGUUCUUCCACCACUUUUACGCCCCUAGAUCACAACACUCUGACGUGUUUUGGGGUAACCGGCUGCCGUGGAAAGUCAAGCCUUUACUCGGGCCUAGCAAUCAUGGCUAG